AUGAGUGUACCCCCGAAAUUGCCCAUUCCGAUAGUGGAGGAUAUUUUGGCGGAAUGGAACAAAUCGAAAAUCUUCAGUACGCUGGAUUUGGUCAGUGGGUUUUUCCAGUGCAGUAUUGAGGAGGACAGCAUUCCGAUCACUGCUGUUAUCACGUCUACGGGGUUGUACGAAUUUUUAUCUGUGCCGCAAGGUCUCAGUAGUAGUCCUGGGUGGUUUCAUUCGGUGAUGGCCAGAGUAUGUGACGGACUGGAACGUGUGCGUCUGUUUAUCGAUGACGUGAUCGUUUUUUCCAGGGACGGGGCAGAACACGUGCGCGACCUGGAGAGGUUUUUCGAGCGUAUGGUCAAGUUCAACCUGAAACUGGCACCCAAUAAGACGAACCUAGGGGUGAACGUGGUGACGUUUUUGGGGNAAUUGGGCAAGGACGGGGCAGAACACGUGCGCGACCUGGAGAGGUUUUUCGAGCGUAUGGUCAAGUUCAACCUGAAACUGGCACCCAAGAAGACGAACCUGGGGGUGAAGGUGGUGACGUUUUUGGGACAUCAAGUCACGGCGGAAGGGAUCGGGCCGGACCCGGGAAAGGUCAGACCGUUGCGUGAAGUGCCAAUGCCCACUAAUGUUAGCCAGCUACGAUCGUUGUUAGGGUCUUUGUCGUACUAUCGCAAAUUCCUGAAGAACAUGUCGGCUAAACUGAAACCGAUCAAUGCGAUGCUGAACAAGGAAGCAAAGUUUGCGUUCACGGCUGAUCAUGUGGCGGUGGUGAGGAAGAUGGUGGAUAUUCUGUCUGGUUCUGAGGUCUUGGCAAUUCCGUGUUAUGAGGGUGCGAUCUCGGGAGAGCGGCCGUUUCGGUUAACCGCUGAUGCGUCCAUUUCGGGCUUGGGAGCCGUAAUUGAGCAAGAGCAACGAGAUGGGAGUAUUAGACCGCUAUGCUUUUUGAGCAGAUCAACAUUCCCGAAUGAAACCAGAUGCAGUCCGACUGAGCUUGAAGCGGGUGCGAUAGUUUGGGCGAUCNUUUUGAGCCGAUCCACAUUCCCGAAUGAAACCAGAUGGAGUCCGACUGAGCUGGAAGCGGGUGCGAUAGUGUGGGCGAUUAAGAAGAAUCGAACACUAUUUUAUGGCAUCCCCUUUGAAGUGUACAGUGACCAUCAACCCUUGCGAAAUUUGGGGAGUUUGGCAGAGAAAAACAAUCGCGUACAGAAGUGGUAUGACUUCCUGUCGGCGUACACGUAUAAGCUGAAGUAUCGACCAGGGCGAGAGAAUGCAAAUGUCGACUUGAUGUCACGGUUGCCAUUGCCUGCGACCAAAGAGGAUGAGGCACCAGAUGUCAGGCUGACUGGUCCGUCUGAUCUCGAUGUUCAUAUGAUAGGUGCGAGCGGGGUGCUACCUUCGCGAUUGGGUCCGGUGUAUACCGAGCGAGAGGCGCUUGCUGGGUCGUACAAUCGCGAUGAUUUUGUGGUGGGGGAAAGUGGCUGUGCACCGGCAAGCCUCACUACGGAUGAACUGGCAGACAAGACGUGA